UCCCUCCCUGCUCAUCUCUCCUCCCUGUGUGUGUCUGUGUUCGGACUCAUCUCAGGCCUUUACCAUGAAGCACUGUGUGCUGCUGCUGCUGCUGGCGUUGGGAUGCGCCCACGUCCUUGGCGCUCCGGUGGAGCAGGGGGGCCUGGAGCAGGGGUCGUGUGAAGACGCGUUCGUGAAGAGCGCCGCAGGACAGGCUCUCAAAAAGAUCAACCAGGACCGCAAGGAGGGCUACGUCUUCGCUCUGCACCACCUGUCCAACGCGCACUUGGCCAAACACGGAGAAAAUGGCAUCGUUUUCUACCUGACUCUGGACGUGGUGGAGACCAACUGCAGCGUUCUGGACAGGAAAGACCAGAAGACGUGUGAGGCUCGUUCCACCGACGACACACCGGUGUAUGGACAGUGUAAAGCUGUCAUCUUCAUCAGCAGGGUGAACAGAGUGGUGCGUCUCUACAAGUACGACUGUGCUCUCAGACCAGUUCCUGCAGCCAGGGUGGCUGCCGUGUGUCCCGACUGCCCGACUUCAAUCGACAAGGAGGACGCUGAGAUCCAGAAGGCUGUGUCCGCCUCCCUGGAGAAGUUCAACAAGGAGAGCGGCCUGACCAAGCGCUUCGCUCUGCUCCAGGUCACCCGCGCUGCUUUAUCGAUGGGCAUGGCCACAUUCUACAAUGCCGAGUUCACCAUCCAGGAGACGACCUGCACCAAGGACUCGCCGGCAGCUGAUAAGUGCCCCCUCAUGGACUGCGAGUUCGCUCACAAGGGCUUCUGUAAGGGAUCCCUGAUCACCCCUCCCACUGGUGACACUGAGACCACUGUGGAGUGUGAAGUCUAUGAACCUGAGAUUGCCGACAGAGAGAAGAAGCUCCACCUCCUUGGCGGUGAGACUGACCACAGCCACAACGACACACACGCCCAUGACCACGCUCAUGACCACGCCCAUGACCAUGCCCACGGCGCCGACCACACCCACUCACACGACCACGAGCAUGACCACACCAAGACCCACUCUCAUCACGACAACAACCACACGCACGAUGACAACGCCGAGCACCACCACACCCACGACCACGACGCAGGCAGCGCCCACAGGCACGCCCACGAUCACUCCCACGACCACGGGCACGGCCACGAUCACGUGCACGCCCAUCACGCCAAAGCGCACAACCACACCACUGACUCACCAAGCCACCACCACGAGUACAAGCACGCCGACGCCGAGCACACCCACGAUCACGACCACGAGCUCGCUCUGGACCACGACCACAAGCACGCUCACCUGCACGAGCACGAACACCACCACCAUCACCACGAGCACGAGCACGAGAAGGCACACCACGACCACCCAGAGAGCGCGGUGAAGAUGUUGCCCGACAUCGAACGGCCCGUGACCCUGCCUUUCUUCCCAGAAGUCCCUGAGGUUGGGGUCACUCUGCCCGCCAAGGCCGACUCCGAGAUCCCCGGAGCGAUGGAGCCCACCAUCCUGCCGUUCCCCACCUCUUUCUCCGCCCAGUGCCACGCCCCGACGGAAGAGUUCACCCUGGUGGACAAACUCUUCACGGAGGACCCUCUGUUCAAGCGACCCGCAUAAGGAGGAACUCAACUGGAACCUGAAUGGAUCUGGAAGAACUCAAACGCACAGACUGUAGUGAAGACGCGACAGGAAACGUCUUGGGUCGCAUCUCGGCCGUUUCCUCUCGGUCCAAAUUGUUUUGAUGUAAGCACAAAACAUCUAAGUGCUGCUGUCUCUCUUCACUUCCACCAUCUAAUAAAACAACAGGAAAACAUUGUAUGAACAACGUCACCCGGUUUUAUUUUCACAUUUUUCCAUUGGUUGUCAUAAAUAAUAAAAAUAAACAACUGUGUUUGGUGAAAAAAUAAUAAACGAUACUACAAAUACUCAUCUGCUGUUUUCUGUGUUGAUCAACAACAACGCAAUCCAUUGUGUGUUGAUUAAAUUCACUGAACGCACAA